GAGUGGAAGUACAUUGCUGGGGACUCAGACUGCAUAGUCAUGAAGAGUGGCACCUGCUGCCAGAUAAUUCUGAUUUUCCAAACUUUGGAGGCCAUUUUGCUGAGGACCGCCAGCGACCUUGCACAUUUUAGUGCAGUGGGGAUAAACAUAGUGAAGACGUUGCUGCGUAAUUACAUAAAGUUAAUCUACACAGCACUCUACUCAGCAAGUCACAGGUAUAACCGAGCGUGCUUUUGUUUGAUGUCUGCAAUGGUGAGCCAGGGUCCAGAUGCUGCUCGGGACUUUUUGAGCCAGUUUGAUUUCAACAACAAAAGGUUGCCAAACUUAUUGAAAAGUAGAGAUAAACAGGGCAAGCCUGAUGUACGCUUGGCUUAUAUCCAGUUCACAGUUUCAUUUCUGAUUGCUGGCGACAGCAAUACUAUCAGCCAAGUCCUGGAAUUAAAAGAUUUCAUUACAGAUAUUUUCAGUUCUGGUCUGAAAGAAGAUAGGAUUUCUAUCAUAAAUUUACUUCUGUCAGCUUUAAAAACAAAGGUUGUCCAUAAUAAAACCAUAAGUAAAACGCAGAAGGUUCGCUUUUUCACUGCAAGCGUUUUGACCCAUAUUGCUUCGUUAUAUCAUUGGAAUGGAAUUAUUGAUGUCCAAUUAAAUGAUGACAGGCAUGUCCAAGAUUCCAAAGUGGCUGGGAGAGACAUGGUUCGAGAACUUGUACACAGUUUCUUGAUGGAUCUUUGCUGCUCAUUGAAACAUGGCAUCAAUUUCUAUGAUUCCAGCCUGGGUACAGCUAAGAGGGGAGGAAACGUAGUACUGCUGAGAUUUCUCCUGGGCUUAAAAACAGCCACAGAAGAUGAGCUGGUGGCUGAUCUGAUGGUGAACAUCUUCAAAGUGUGCCCUGAUUUAUUAAGCAGAUUCUUCCAAGAAACACAGUAUUCCUUUGUCCCUAGACUUAAGACGGCCUGGCUAGAUAACAUCAAACUACUCCGAAAGAUUUACGAGGCUCAACCAGAGAUUUCCAAUGCCUUCAAGACGAAGGAGUUCAUCCCAAUUCCCCGCCUCCUCCCUAUGGUGAUGAUUACAACAGUACCUCCAGUGGCUACUAAGGCUAUGUUUACUCAGGGACUCAAUUUUACAAACAAAGUAGUCCAACAUACUACCUUCUCCUUGCUUGCAUAUGUUCUGAAGAGGGCUCUCAACAACAUUGAGUACUGCCUGAAUGUGGAAGUGUGGGAAAACUCUGAUAUUUACACUCCUGGUGCAAUGGAGGAUUUUGCACAACAGUUCAAAGAGAAUCUCAGCAAGCAUUUACCAGACAUGAAUAGCAUUGUGGCUACAUGGCAAUCUUUGUUAAAGAACAAAGAAAAGGAAGAGGAUGGAAAAGAAAAGCAGGGAGAUGAGAAAAACACAAAACGCACCAGUGCAGCAAAGCAAGCAAAUGAGAUUUCAGUUCUUACAGAACACCACGGUGAAGAUGAUGCUGAGACCACAGUUCUGAAGGCAGUUGUGCUCCAGGUUAUGUGUCUUUACCAGAAAGUGGUCCCUCAUAUGGUUUCACAGUGUGCAUUUGAUUUCAGUAAAUUGCUUAAAGGCAUUGUGACUGAGAAAGGGGUCAGACAGGAAGUUGCUCCUGUUCUACAGCACCACAUACUUCAGCUUGCCCUGGAGCUGCCUGCCAACAAGUUUGCUUGGUUCAGAAUUCAGGAUAUCACAAGUACAGAGAAAAGUGGUGGAGAAAAAUCAGUAUUUUAUUUGUUGAUUAAAAUGUAUGUGACUAGUAAGAGUUCUCAACUGCAAAUGUCGACCAAGCAUCUUAUUAUAAAGGUUUUAAAAGAGAGUGGAAUUUUUGAAUACACCUGGAAAGAGCUAGAACUGUGGGUGAAAGGUCUUUCGUCUGUUUCUGAUUCGGAACAAGACAGUGUCAUUUUAUUUCUUGAAAGGGUUCUGAUAAAGUUAAUAUCAAAUCCAUAUCCUUACACAGACAAGAUCUCAGAUGCAAUACAAGAAGCCAGCAUGCUUCAAGCAAACCUUGGUGGACAGGACUCUGAUACCGUCAGCUUGCCUAUCUCACAUAUUGAUGAUGUUCUGGAUAUGGUGGAUGUUAUUAUGGAGACCAGUGAAGGUCUGAAUGAAGAGAUUGGGAUUACUUUGAGUGAGGAUAUGAUUGCACAGACCUUUCCUUUCAGUGCUGUGGUUACAGCUGCUUUGGAAGCCAAGAACAAGGUUAUUUUAGAAAACAGUAGUGGAAAAGAUGCUAUUCUGAAGUAUCUUUCUGUCGUUAUGACUGACAUUCUACAUGUGCAACAAGAUCCAUUGGCUUUGUGUCUGGUAUUACAGUCAUAUGACAAAGAACUGGAUUCAUUGCCUGAAAAACAAACUAUGCACAAAAAUAUUUUGCAGCUGCACAAAUAUUAUAGGCUUUGGAUCCCACAACAAGCCCAGGAAACGCUGCUUGAACAGUUUGGUUCAGAUGCAAUGAAUCCUGCAGUAUUGAAAGAUACUUCAUUCUGCAGCCUUCUAAUGAAUGCAUAUGGAAUGGGAGAUACCACCCUUCUAAAUGAUGAGGUUAAAGAAGAUUUGAAGCAAGCUGUUACAAAAUUGUGUCUACACGAGCUAGUUCUGGCUGUGAAGCAGCUGAUUUUAUACAUCCGAACUUCUGUGGAGAACUUUAGUAAAAUGAAAAGAGGCACUGGCUUAGAGCUGAUUGGAUUAUUUAUGGAUCUUUUGAAACUGUUGUUCUGGAGAUGUGAACAGAUUAAUGAUUCCAUCAACAUGAAGUUCAUGAAAGAAAGUGAACCCAAGCUUUUCUUGGACCUUGAUUUUAUCAUGGAUGGAGAGAUAAAGAAGGACCAGGUCCUGGAAAGCAUGUUAUUGGCCAUUUUUAAACACCCAACGCUGGAACAGUGGUUCUUGGCUUUGGAAUUACAGACUGCAAUACCACAUAGCUUAAACCCUGUCAGUUUCAAAAUGCUGUCAGCCCACCUCACUUCUGAAAUCCUGAGCCUCCUCCAACAGAGUGCUCCAUCAUUGCAUCGACUAGGUCGCAUGGAUGUAGUGAUGACUUAUUUUAAAGCUAUCGCUGAAGCUGCAUUGAAAGAACUUGAAAUGAGAAAAACGACUGAAGAGAAAUCAACCGUGAGCAAUAAGAAGUCCUUACCUUUAAAAGGUCUGGAGAUUUUGCAUGGCUAUCUGGAUACAACUCAGCUCAAAGAACUUGUGACAUCCAUGUUGGAACUCCCAGAAAAAUGUUUAGCCAUCCAGACUAAGCCUGAGAAUGGAGGUGAUGGAAAGAAACAAUUAACCAUGUAUGGGAAGAUUUUGGUCCAAAUCCUUAUAGAAAAUAACCAGGAGUCUCCAGGCAGAGGUGAUCUGGUGCUAUCGUGUUACCAUUUCAAUGCUUUAGGUACACUUUUACAGUCUUCACACAGUGAAGAGUUGGAGAAGGUUCUUCUUGGAAUCCUAAAGAAAGAGCCGCUCUUUGCACAACUCGUGAAAUCAGAUGUUUUUCUUCAUUGCUUGAAUCGCGUGACUGAAACUUCCCUCUCGAUUUGUGAGAUACUCAUUCAACAGAGCAGCACUUACCUUUUACAAUUCGAACUUUGGUGCUUAGUUGCAGGGAGAAUGAAAUACCUGCAGAGCAAUAUGGCUGUUUACCUUUCACUGUUUAACAUGUAUCUACAGCACCAAGGAAAGAGUGACUAUGCCCGACCAAAGAAAGUCUUUGCAGAUGUGCUGAUGUUUAUCAAAGCAACCAUGUGGAAGAGACUUGUAAGCUCUAUUACAUCAGACGAUCCAUCCAAUGAAGUUGAUUUGCAAAUGCAAGUACUCUCCAGAUUAGUGAAGUUAUUGCCAUCUCACACCGAUGUGUCAUGUAUUAUGGAACAGCUACCUCCAGUGCUGGAGAAAACAGCCAGUUCUUCAAGGUGGAUUUUGGCAGAUGCAGUCUGCACUGCAUUGGGGCACAAUCCUGAAGACCAGCGAUCCUGGAGAAAAUCCAUGUUAAAGGCCUGUCUCCGGUGGGUAGUUGCCACCUAUAGCAACAGCAAGGAUCAGGAGGAGAGCAUGCAGGAAACUGAAAUAGCAAUGCUGGGCAGGGUACAGGAGCUGGUGGUUUUAAUCGGUGAGGUUGACUCAGAUGAAUGGAACAACUUUUUAAAGAAAGGACUAAAGUACCGCUAUAGAGAUUGGGCAUUUAUGGAAGCCCUUCAUAAACUGGUACAAAUAUUGUAUGAGAACGAAGACCUGGCUCAAAGUUUGAUCCCACUGCCCAUGAUUCACAUGAUGAUAACAAAUCACUCUCUGUUUCUGCCAACCAUGCUGAGGGCCAGAGAGGAUCUGGAUGAAUGCAGAAAAACAAGAGAUGCUCUGGUUGAUGUGUUACUGGUUUUGGUCAGACAAUGUCCAACUGUGUGUAACAGCAAUCAUUUUGGUAUUUUGUUGGGGGCUUAUGGAGCAACGCUUAGUAACACAGAUCAGAAGCUGCUGAUGAUCCUGCAGUCUUAUGAGAAAAACAACAUAAGUCUUGCUGAAUACAGGCUGUUGCUUUGGGGUCCAGCUGCUGUUGAGCACCACAAGACUUGCAAGAGCCUGGGGCCAUCCUUGUGGCAACAACCAGGCAUGGAAGAAAUCCUGUCACUUCUGGACAAAGAGAAAAUGUUCCAAACAAUUGUUAACUUCCCUCAGUGUCGCUAUCUCCUGCCACAGGAUGGAAAACAGUUAGUAUCCAAAGAGUCUAGUAUUAAGGAGUCCCACAAUCUCUAUGAUCCUUGUUUUUUGUUGCCCCUCUUCAGUGCAUUAAUUACAUCAGAAUCUGUGGUAGACUGCUACAAGUUUGUUGAUGUUAAUGCUUUAGGAUUAACUGUAGCAGCUCUUAGCAGUUAUGAUCAGAAUGUAAGAGCUGCGGCCUAUCACAUUCUGGGUAAUUACUACAUGCAUCUGGAGGCUGCUCGCUUUAAGGAAAAGCAGCAGCUGCUGUACCUACUGGAUGUGGUGAAAAAUGGGAUCCGACAACCUAAUGCCAGAUUCACCUUCUGCUUGGCACUUUAUGUUGCUAAAGUUGCUCAACAAAUGCUAAAACCAGAGGAACACAUGUACAUGAAGAUUAAUAAUUUCCUAUUGACACAUCAAUAUUUGGACUUGAGAAAAGUGCCUGGGUUUUUCAAGCUUUUCUACAGCUUUGACAUGGAGCACAAGACUGAACGUGAAUGGAUUUUUGAACUCCUUAUAAAUGGUUUAAAGGACAAAGACUGCUAUGAGCUUUGUGACCGUCAGAAAAUCAUCCAUGUUCUCCUUGCCUUUUUUAACAGCCCAUUGUGUGAUGAGACAGCAGAGAAACAGAUAAUCCAGAUACUGAUACAUGCUGCCCACAUCACAAAAGCAGCAUAUCAGCUGAUCAGAGACCACAAUUUACUGACAUGGAUAUUGCAUAUCUUACAGAGACGGGUUUUAGAAAACAGACUGAUGUCUGAUUUGAUUUCGCUCCUACACACUUUGUGGUUCACUAACCUAGGAAACAAAGAAAAGACUCAGAAGUUUUUGCCUCUUCUGCUGAUACAUGAAUUUCUAUAUGUUCUGACUGUUCUAAUGCAACACAUUUGGAUAAAGGUUGACACCAAAACAUUUGCAGAAUUUUUACAGAUAUUAAGUUCGGUUUUACAUCAUCGUUCUGGUGCUUUCGAUAACUACAAGGAAGUGGGCUGGAUUACCAUAAAUGAAAGAGUUCUGUCUCAUACAGAGGCCUUGUUAUUGUUAUAUAAGUGGAGUAUUGUGGGAAAGGAGUCCCAUAUACAGGAGGAGUUGCAAACUUUGGCCCAUAAAUAUGAAGUUAAGGAAAUAUUACAAAUUAACAAAGAGAAGAACAAACCUAAAGGACAUGGUUGGAGAGGAUCUCAGCACAGUAGAAGGAAGAGGGGUGACACACAGGAUGAUACGGAGAACGGGGUGGAAGAGACCUGUCUAGAAGACUGUAAAGUAUCAUUGAGGUCUAUAUUCACACACUGGGCUGCAGUCUUCCAAAGUGAAACCUUAGGUUUCCAGGAGAGCCAGGAUAAAAUAGACAGUGCUAUUAAAGCAACCACAUGUUUGAUAGUGAAAUGGGUUAUCGAGUCAGGAAUUGAAAAUCCAAUGAGUGAAUCUGAGUGUUUCUCUGUACUAAGAUGGCUUCAGAGAAAUAUCCUGUCCUGCAGUGCAAUAGCUCAAGAACUUCUAAAGGACAGUGCUUUACGACAUCAUCUUCUUCGAUUUUAUAGUAGAGUCACCAGUGAAAUAGAUGGAAAUGGUUUGACAGGCGACCUUUCAUACCUCUUCACCAGUAUUAUGCUACAGCUGCUGGAGGUUCGAGGCCUACUCGAUCAGAACAUGUACGAGAAUGUAAUCAAACCAAUCUGUCUUCCUGCACUAAAAAACCAGGAUCAUGAAUGGAGAGCAGCAACUUUGUUUCUCCUCUCGGUUUACGUGUGGGACUUGUGGCUUGGAGCACAGGAACCUCAGAUCUUUCUGGCUCGUGUAAAAUUGAUCUCAGAGGCCUCUGAAGAUACGCCAAGGCUUGGAAAGAGCCCGAAAGCAAAGCAAAAGAAGACACUUGAUGCCAUUGUAUCUCUCUGUAAAGACAUCUGUUCCCUUGUUGAAAGAGGUAGUUGAAAAGCUGCCUUUUUAGUUACACUAUCAAAGACUGAUUUAUUUUGCUAUAAUUUUACUGGUGAUCAGGCAAUUGAUAGUUCUUUUGUUGAUUGUGGUGUAUGUUAUGCUUUUGGCACUGUCAAGCAGUACACUUUUUAAAAUAUUAAGCCUGUUAUUGAAAAUCUAUGCCAAACUUGUAAUAAAUAAUUACUUAUCUGUAAAUACACAGUAGAGCGUAAAUGAAUAAUAGUCUUAGUUUUCAGAUACAGUGGUUUUCCUUUAUCAAAUGGUAAACUUUGUUAGGUGCUUUCAAUAAACAAUAGUAUCUUUUUAAGAAUAAUAUAUCGAGGAAGUCAAUUUCCUAAC